AUGAUCAAGAGAAGUAAUGCAAGAUCAGAGUUGAGUGUAGAAGACAAAAAGAAGCCCUCUAGCCAAGAAUUAAAAAAUGAUAUAACAGAAGAGCUAGUACAAAAGUUAGAAAAGAUGUUAAUUAUUACAUAUAUAUUAAUGAGUACUGAAAUUGUAAAAAAUACACAAAGGUUUAGUAAAAAUAAUAAACAGAAAAAAAUACCAGUAAGAGCAGAUACAAAUGAAGCCAAC